UUUAUGUGUAUUCCAGAACUAUUAACUUUCAGAGAAUGGCUUGAAGUAUGGAAUGAUGACCGAACAUUUUACGUCUUCACUAUUCUUGCAUGGAUUAUGAAUACAGUCGCAGAACCAAAAAGUUUCAGUCUCUGGAAUUAUACGAAUACAUUAUUAGUUAACAGUUUUCCAAGUAUGUUGGCUCUUCAUCACACCAAUUUUUCCGACAGUUUUCUGGAUCCUGAAAACCCUCAAAAAAUCCUGACCACAACAAAAAGUCACGGAAUUGUUGUCUGGGUAUUUACGGUUAUUAUCAAUGCUGUUGCAAACGACACGACAAAUAUUCAGAAAAUCAAGAAAUCGGGCCUUUACGAUUGUAUUAAUAAUCUUGAUUUUUCCGCCUUUCCCAAAGUAGAACAGGGUCACAAAAGAGUCAUGCACAUGUUGAAUCGAUAA